UGGAUACUGCGUGCGUGGAUCAAAUCCCAUGUCGUAUAGUUGGCAGUAAGUCAAUGGGGUUCAUUUCGCAUCAGCGACUUGGUGUGGAUGCAACGACGUAUAACAACACACGCACGUGGGUCUCAAACAGUUUCAUUCAACCACACCGUACCUAGCUAAUCAUUACAUUCACCGGCAUCAAGUAUACAGCAAAGGUUUUCUUCUGAAGGAUGUACUCACGUCACCAGGAUUAUUUCUUCUAGUGAUUUUGACAUCUUGAUUAAAAAAAAGGACCAUGGAAAACGGAAAGAACUCGGUGGAUGCUACAGGAGCUCAGCGAAGGUGUUCUUUUGCAGCUUUAGUGUGGGGAUUAACUGUUACUGUUUUUAGCGUUGGGUCUGUGCUGUGCUGUUCGCUGCUGUAUCACAGGAUUUCAUAUGUGGAGUUGGACUUCUCACGAGGGCAAAGCAAUCACGAGGAGAGAAUACAGGAAUGGGUGGAAAAAUACGUCGAGAAAGAGGUGAAUAGGUUGGUGGAACAAAGACUCAACGCCCACGUGGAGAGAAGAGUAGAACGAAGCCUGGAUAACUGUAUGUGCCCACCAGGACCCCCUGGUUCCCCCGGCGAUAUCGGUCCCCCUGGUGAGAAAGGCAGGAGAGGUACUGCAGGGUUCCCUGUAAGUAUUGGUUAUGUGUCUACUUUCUUUUUCUUCUUCUUUUGA